UUGCAGCUUGUGCACUGAUAACGGAGUAGCAGGCAGCCAUAAAUACUCCAGGCGCACGGGUUUCGCUCAUUACUCCACGAUGGCGAAUAUGUGGUUCAGUUUUCUCUCCCUGGUGGUGGUAGUAUGCAGUGCUUCAGAGGUGAACCAGCGGCCAAAAGCAACUUGUACUGCCCCCUUUCUGGAAGUGGGUACGAAUAAAAAGUGCCUUCUUGUGAAUAACCUUACCGUUGGUACCUGGAACGACAUGAAACACUACUGCUCACUUCUAUUAGCAAAUCUGGUCAAACUCGACAACGCAACGGACUUCGCUGAUCUUGUACAAUAUAUCAAAGGAGAAGGAUUGACGAAAGCUUACUACUGGAUUGACGCCACGGACGCACUUGACGAAGGCAAAUGGACAUGGGGCGAUCUGACGGACGUCACUAUGGGCGCCCCCUUCUGGAGUCCAACUGGGAGUGGGUGCAGUCUCCUGGAGCCGACCGGAGGAACCAGCAGUAACUGCGCUGCCCUCAAUCCUAACAAAUUCUAUUAUUUUGAUGAUAUGCCUUGUUCAACUGUAGCAGCUGCCAUUUGCGAAAUCGCUCACAUCAUCCUAGAUCUUGAGUAUGAUGAGAAGGGAAAGGAGUUAAGCAGGCUGCGAGCUGAGAAAUUUAUUGGUAAAGAUUAUCGAGAAGCAGACAGCUCCUCUCUUGAAUCUGUGAUUCUCUUGUGCAGUACGUUCUUCACCGCGGAUGCAGUCUGCGAUCCGCCUUACAAAGAAAUCGGUGGCCGCUGCCUCCUCAUAGACAACUUUGUCGUCGGGACGUGGGCCGACAUGAACCACUGGUGCGGCUACUUUGGGGGCAAGCUGGCCACGCUGGACGACGCCUCCGUCUUCGCUGCCGUCCUUCAGGAUAUUAAGACCUCUGGGAUAUCUAAAACCUUCCUCUGGACUGGCGCCUCAGACAGUAUGGAAGAAGGCGUAUGGACGUGGCUGGACGGUACCCCGGUGGCUGAGGGGACGCCCUUCUGGAGUUUGUCCGGCAGCGGGUGCACAGCUCAGGAACCCACUGGAGGAAAGAACCAGAACUGUGCUCUCCUCAAUCCAAACAGAAAUUAUUACUUUGAUGAUGCAGCCUGCACAACACAAGCAGGCGCUAUUUGCGAAAAAUAAAUCAACUGAAAAAGCAGA